AUGCCGUCCAUUUCUGUUCCAUUGCGCUCUGUACAACGAGCAAUUGCCAAUCCAUUUGGCGUGUCUCCCCGCUGUUACGUGACUAGCUGCCCGUCCCUGCAGAACCCUCGAGUCAUCUCGAAUAAAAAUAAUCUCCGUGCCCCCACCAUCCCCCACCACCAAAACCAUCCCCGCCGCACUCGUCAGUUUUCCUCCUCCCAUCGCUUCGCUCAAUACGACACAAUGCCGAAAGAAAAGGGUAACAACUUCAACCUCAAGACCCCCAAGGGCACCAAGGAUUGGUCCGGCUCCGACGCCCUCCUCCGAGACCGCAUUUUCACCACCAUCUCCAAUGUCUUCAAGCGCCACGGCGGUACCGCACUGGACACUCCCGUCUUCGAGCUGCGCGAGUUCCUGACUGGCAAAUAUGGUGAGGACUCGAAGCUGAUCUACGAUCUGAAGGAUCAGGGUGGCGAGAUCUGCUCGCUGCGCUACGAUUUGACUGUGCCUUUCGCGCGCUGGCUCGCCAUGAACACCGACGUCCGCAGCAUCAAGCGCUACCACAUCGCCAAGGUCUACCGCCGCGACCAGCCUGCUGUCAGCAAGGGCCGUAUGCGUGAGUUCUACCAGUGCGACUUCGAUAUCGCCGGUACUUUCGACUCCAUGGUGCCCGAUGCCGAGAUCCUGCGCAUUGUCUGUGAAGUCUUCGAGGAGCUGGGCUGGAACGGUCGUUACACCAUCAAGCUCAACCACCGCAAGAUUCUAGAUGGUGUCUUUGCCGUCUGUGGUGUUCCGGAGGACAAGAUCCGCCCUAUCUCCAGUGCCGUCGACAAGUUGGACAAGAUGCCGUGGGCCGAUGUGCGCAAGGAGAUGGUCGAUGAGAAGUCUCUCGACCCCGAGGUUGCGGAUCGUAUUGAGAAAUAUGUCAUGCACAAGGGCUCGCGAGAGCUGCUCGACGUUCUCCUGAAGGACGAGACCCUCAACGCCAAUGCCUCUGCCAAGGCCGGUCUCGAGGAAAUGGCUUUGAUGAUGGACUACUUGGAGGCAUUCGGUGUAUUGGACAAGAUCUCUUUCGAUAUGUCCCUUGCCCGUGGCCUGGACUACUACACCGGUGUCAUCUACGAGGUUGUCACCGAGGGUUCGGCUGGUGUGCAGGCCGAUGCCCCAGAGGCGCAGAAGGCUAUUAAGAAGGGCAAGGGCAAGCCCUCCGAGGAUGACGACCGUUCCAACGACCCCACCCUCGGCGUUGGCAGUGUUGCCGCCGGUGGUCGUUACGAUAACCUCGUGGGCAUGUUCCUGCCCAAGGCACAGAUCCCCUGUGUUGGAAUCUCAUUCGGUGUUGACCGUAUCUUCUCCAUCACCAAGGCACGUCUCGAGCGUGAGCAGAAGUCCGAUGCUCUGCGCAGCAGUGAGGUCGACGCCUACGUCAUGGCCUUCGGUGGUAAGGGCUUCAGCGGCAUGUUGAAGGAGCGCAUGGACAUCUGCCAGAAGCUGUGGAGCGCUGGCAUCAAGGCCGAAUUCUCCUACAAGCUGAAGCCCAAGCUCCCCCAGCAAUUCAAGGCCGCCGAACAAGGCGCCAUCCCCUUCGGCAUCAUUCUCGGCGAGGACGAGCUUGCCGCCGGCAAGUGCCGCAUCAAGGAGAUGGGUCUGCCCGAAGGACACCCCGAGAAGGAAGGUGUCGAAGUCGAGAUCACCUCCUUGGUCCCUGAGUUGCAAACCCGUCUCGCCAAGAAGCAGCAGGGUGUCAUCUCCUCUCUGGCCCAGCAGCUGCAGGGUACCAGUGUUUAA